AUGGAUCAUGAAAUCGCGAAGAAAGUCACGGCGAUGUUUGAUCACCGGCGGUUAAACCGUUCCGGCUCAUCACUGUUCACAGCUUUUGCUGCCUCAUUUAUAGCUCUGAUCGUUUUCACCAUCCUUAUCGUCUCUAAUUUAUCGGUGCGAGACAAUUUCUCAGAGGUGAUGACAAUAGAGAUCAAGACAGUUGUUCCUUACUUACCUCUAAAAUCAGAGAAAGAAAGUGCUAACUUUCCAAUCAAGCAGCAAAUCACAGUCAACAACAACAUGACUAGUAAUAACAACAAUCUUCAAAUUCUCGAGGUUUUCGGAGGCGAAGGCAUAUCGGAAAAGUUUCAACAGAGAGCAACAGAGUUCUUAAGAGAUGAUUGUGAAGUCAAUUUCAUGAUGACAUGGAUCUCACCUGCGGAAAUGUUCGGUAAAAGAGAGAUUUUAUCAGUCGAAAGCGUAUUCAAAUCUCAUCCUCGAGGUUGUUUGAUUAUACUAUCAUCAACAAUGGAUUCUACUCAAGGGUUUACAAUCUUGAGCCCGUUUCUUGCUCGAGGUUACAGAGUCAUGUCGAUCACGCCGGAUUUACCAUUUCUGCUCAAGAACACUGCCGGAGAAUCGUGGCUUGGAGAGAUUCAGACAAGGAAAAGAGAACCAGGAAAGAUCUCUUUAUCUCAGAAUCUGUCUAAUCUCAUGAGACUUGCGUAUCUGUUCAAAUACGGAGGUGUUUAUUUGGAUACAGAUAUGAUUGUUCUAAAGAGCUUUAAAUCUCUAAGGAAUGUAAUCGGUGCGCAAACUCUCGAACCGGUUUCUAGAAAAUGGACAAGACUGAACAAUGCGGUUCUUGUAUUCGACAAGAACCAUCCUCUGUUGCUUAAAUGCAUUGAGGAAUUUGCGUUGACUUUUAAUGGGAAUGUUUGGGGUCAUAAUGGACCGUAUCUUGUGUCUCGAGUGGCUCGAGCCGUGGAAGGAACCGAUGGCUAUAACUUCACUGUAUUGACACCUCCUGCGUUUUAUCCGGUGAAUUGGGUUGAGAUUGAGAAGUUGUUUAAGGUUCCAAGAACAGAGAAGGAUUUGAAGAGAGUCAAAGUUAAGGUUCGUGAGAUGCAGAAGAGAAGCUACGGGUUGCAUCUUUGGAAUAAGUUUAGUAGUAAAUUUGAAAUUGAACAAGGAAGUACUAUGGAUACAAUUGUUUCAGAGAAUUGCGUAAUUUGUGAGAAAAUCUCUGUUUCGUAA